AUGCUGAAGAUUCUUCACAAAGGUUUUCGACAACACUUCCCUGAGAUCCUGAAGAUGAUCUCUGAGUGGGCAGAGCAGUUCUUUGGCCUUGAGCUGAAGGAAGUCAAGCGUUGUUGGGGAACCUACACUAUUGUCAAAAACUUAGAUGACUCCCACUGUGGCAGCUCUAUCAGUGACUUGGAUAUCCCCAUGAAUGGGCUUCUGAUGCCUCUUCUUGGGGUGAUUUUCUUAAAUGGGAAGUCUGUUUCUGAAGAUGAGGUCUGGGAAUUCCUGAAAAUGAUAGCAAUCUAUGGCAGGAAUAAAUGCAUAAUCUUUGGUGAGCCAUGCAAGUUCAUCACCAAAGAUUUGGUGCAGAAGAACUAUCUUGUGUACCGCAAAGUGCUUCACAGUGAUCCUCCACGCUUUGAAUAUCUGUGGGGUCCAAGAGCACACACUGAAAUAAGCAAGAUGAAAGUCCUUGAGUUUUUGGCAAAGGUUAAUGAAACCAUCCCUAGUGCCUUCCCAUUACAUUAUGCACAGGUUUUGAGAGAAGAGGGGAGGACCCAAGCCAAAGUCAGUGAUUGCAGUGCUUCUUGUAUCCCUCACCCCCGGGAAACUUCCAAUACAUCUACACUCAUGUAA